AUGGCCAGCGAGGAAAGGCCGUUGGGCGUGACGCCGCCCAUCUCUACUGCUCUUCCUACCGAGGCGGAAAAUCAAGCAAAGCAAACGCUCAUCGAAGAGCUGAGGAAGCAGAAUACUUUUGAGAGCCCGGCGGAUACUGCCAACAGGCAAGCUUUCUACUCAAACACCAGACAACACAAGGUCCUUGAACACCUUGCGCUGAUAUGCGACGAGUUCGUGAAACGAGUGGCCCGGAAGAGGGAGGCAGGAAACGAAGCUCUCAUCAGAGAUGCCAGGGGAAAAAUCUUUACAUAUGGCAGUUUUCGUUUGGGAGUCUUCGGCCCCGGCUCCGAUAUCGAUACCCUCGUCGUCGCCCCGAAAUACGUUACCCGCGCCGACUACUUCGACAUCUUCCCCAACCUGCUGAAGGAAAUGGCGCCCUCUGGCUCAAUCACGGAUAUGGCUGUGGUAGCCGACGCCUUCGUGCCCAUUAUCAAAUUCGAGUUCUCCGGCAUCAGCAUCGACCUGAUCUUUUCUCGCAUUGCCAUGCUAAAACAAUUGCCCAAGGACUUUAAUGUUCAGGACUCUGGCCUGCUACGAGGGCUGGAUGAGGCAGAGCUUCGAUCGCUCAAUGGCACACGAGUCACAGACGAGAUUCUCAGCUUGGUCCCCGAGGAAAGCACCUUUAAGUUGGCAUUGCGUGCUAUCAAGCUUUGGGCACAGCGCCGGGCCAUCUACGCAAAUAUCAUGGGAUUCCCUGGUGGUGUGGCUUGGGCCAUGCUGGUUGCCCGCGUCUGCCAACUAUACCCCAAAGCCGCAAGCUCUGUCAUUGUCAAUAAAUUCUUCCACAUCAUGCGCCGCUGGCCAUGGCCACAGCCUGUCCUCCUGAAGCAUGUUGAAGGCGGCCCUUUACAGGUCCGUGUUUGGAAUCCCAAGUUGUACAAGGGAGAUCAGUUUCAUCUCAUGCCCGUCAUCACCCCGGCCUACCCUUCCAUGUGCGCCACUUACAACAUCACCCGAUCAGCCAUGACUGUCAUCCAGCAAGAGCUCGCCAGGGGAUGCGACAUUACCGACAAUAUCAUGCUGGGAAAGAGCCCCUGGGGCGACCUCUUUGUUAAGCAUACUUUCUUCACUCAGGGGUACAAGUAUUACAUCUCUGUCAUCACUGCCAGCACAGACAAGGAAGCACACAAGAUCUGGUCAGGAUAUGUAGAAUCCAAGGUUCGUGUUUUGGUUCAAGGUUUGGAACAGCACCAAUCGAUAGCUCUGGCCCAUGCAUUCAACAAAGGAUACGAGCGGCGGCACAGGUGUACGAACGAGGGGGAAGUCUCUCAGGUUCAGGCUGGGAAUCUCUCGUUCUUGCUAAAGGAUAGCGACGUCAAACAUGAGAGUAGACCGGAAGAGGUCAAGGUUGAGACGAAAGCCGAAUUGAGCAGCAUCCCAUGGCUGAAGAGGGAACCCGAUGAUGUACCUGGGCUCAAGACUGAAGGAACUGAGACGACCCCAAGAGUCAAGAAGGAAGGCGACGAGCCAAAUACUGUCAAUCAGAUACCGAGUGCGGAAGACGCGGUGAAAUCUGUCCCGCAUACCGACGUUUUUACCACCACGCACUAUAUUGGGCUGACCCUGAGUGAAGGCGCGAAAUCGCUUGAUCUGUCCUAUCAAGUCGAGAACUUCAAAUCUCUUUGUACGACAUGGGAGAAGUAUGACUCGAAUCUCAACUCGUUGAAUGUCCAGCAUGUGCGGAGCUUCAACCUUCCCGAUGAUGUUUUCGAACCAAACGAAACGAAGCCUCAGAAGCCUCAAAAGAAGCGUGUCAACACAAAUGGCGCGGCACAGAUCAAGAAGAGGAGUGCUUCAGAGGAAAACCAACAACCACCAGCCAAGCGACAGCAAGCUUCUGUCACGGCUGCCGGUUGA